AUGAAUAUGAUGGAUAUUCCAUCAAACAAUAAGCAGCUUCUUAGUUCUGGUAAUAAGAUCAGACAAAUAGUUAGGCUUCAGCAGCUGCUCAAGAAAUGGAAAAAGAUUGCAGCUGCAUCCCCUUCUUCUACUCAUCUUCAACGCAAUACUAGUAGUGGUAAUGGUGGCAUCAAUAAGUUCCUCAAGAAAACUCUUUCAUUUUCAGACAAGGAAUACGACAUUAACAAUAAUAAUAAUGUCCCCAAAGGAUGCCUUGCAGUACUAUGCGUUGGAAAGGAGGAGGAGAAGAGAUUUGUCAUCCCAAUGGACUACUUGGCCCACCAAUCAUUUCAAGUCCUCUUGAGAGAAGCUGAAGAAGAGUUUGGUUUCCAACAACAGGGAAUCCUCAAGAUUCCUUGUCAACUCUCCCUUUUUGACAAGAUUUUGAAAACCAUACAAUCUAAUGAACAACCAAAUGAUGACAGUAAUGUCGUCGGCGGCUGCUGCUCUCCAGACAAUCACCAACAACGUCAACACAAUAUCAUACCUCCUCAAUUGUGCAGUAUAUGA